AUGAAGUAUUCUGACACAUCCAACAUAAAUUAUUCUGACAUAUCCAAUGAGAAUUACUCUGACGUAUCUAAUAUGAAUUUUAAUGAAGAAUAUAAGGAAGUCGCCCGUGAAGGUUCCUAUCUCUUGAAUUCCUAUUUAGGAAGGAAGUCGCCCGUGAAGAGUAGCAUCUCGGAGGAUUUUGAAAUAGUGGACGUGCUAAAUAAAAACGGCAUCAAGUAUAGAGCAUACUAUACUGACAAUCGUAUUGUGCUUGUUGGAAAAUAUGAGGAUAUGAACUUUAUUAUCCACUACGUGAAAAGAGAUUGGAACUCAAUCGGAAAGAAUGAAAUAAUCCUUCUAAUUAAUGAUUUGGAACAUCAACAAUCCGAAUUCGUUGUUUUUUUUGUAACAAAUUACGAUUAUCAUCUCUCUGCAAUCAAUCAAGCGGCAACAAAUUCGAAAGUAUUUUUAUGUUACGAAACAACUAUCGUUGACAAGAUUAAAGACGCAGCUCGUGCUGAAAAAAUCAAAAACUCUAACCAAAGUGAUGUUAUAAUUAAAAGGGUCAAGAUUGAUAAAGAAAAGAACAUCUCAAUCGAUGAAAUUUUGAUGAGAAAUAGUGAUUUCAAGCCAUUUUAA